UUCUAGUGAUGGGUCGUUCUUGAACGAUUCGUUCAUUUUGAACAAAUCUUCAAUAUGACUCGGGAACUACGAGUCCUCUCAGGGAGUGAUUCGUUCAUCCGCGCGUGCGCACAUUUGUGCAGGUGGUAUCGUUCAUUUCAAGUCUUUUGAGUCGUUCAUCGCGGAAAGGCAUACGCCAGUCAUUUGCGUUUAGAGCAGGUUUAGAGCCGGAAAGUGAAUUGAUCCGUUCAUCUCUCGAGUCCCCUAUCGGGUUUGAGUCAUUCGUUCCUCACGUCCAAUCAUAUGCGUUUAGAGCCGGAAAGAGAUUUGAUCCGUUCAGCACUCGAGUCCUCGUGUUUGAGUCAUUCUAUCGCGUGAUGAACGAACGACUUAAGAACCAGAAGACUCGAAAGGUGAACUAAUCAUCAUGGCUCCUGUCUGCUCAGACUGUGUACAUUGAUUAAGAUUAUAUGUGACUGUCAGAGUAACGUGAACGAACCACUGACAUUUGAAGACAUGAAGAGGUGAGCUGAGCAAAGAGACAAAAAUACCUUUAUAGACAAAAGAGCAGCUAAACCACGCCCUCGUUACGCGAUGGUUGCGCUUACGUAACGUCAACGUCUCAGUGCGGGAGAAGAGCGGGAGAAACUUCUGGAAGCAUUGAACUUCGGUGGGGGACGAGGCAAGCCGUGGAAGAGCAAUCUUAAUAAUCUACAUUUAUGCAGUGCAGGUACUGUAAAUACGCGUCUGCCAGUCAAAAUUUGCUGUUAAGACACUACAGGCUCAAGCACUGGUACCCAAGCCGACGUGUACCAUUGGUAUGUCUGUUCCCUGAGUGUGUCUGCACUUUCAAAACACCAGGUGCACUAAAAAGUCAUCUAUAUAGAGUCCACACAAAUUCUGAUAAAAGGACAGAGCAAGCCACAUUUAACUGUGACUUGUGUGAUUAUCACAAUGUUUGUUCUGAAAAAGUUUUUAUGCGGCAUCUGGGUACACACCUGAAAAGAAAUGAGACUGUACAAUGCCCGUUUCUGCACUGUAAUUUUCAGACCAAUGUCUAUGUUACAUUUCAUAGCCACAAGUCCAAACAUCACAAAACACAGACUGCAAGUGAUUAUAAGUCAUCAGUUGUAACUGUCAGUCGCGGAGAUUCCGAUAACUCACCAGAUUCAACUUCAGAGUGCUUUGAAGAUACAUCAGAUAAAGAAAUAGAAUCAGAAGCCGAUGAAGUUGAUGUUGACCAAAUUCUUGAGAAGAAAUUGGCGUGUCUGUUUCUUUGUAUGCAGACAGAAUUGGGUGUAUCUAGAAAUGCUACAAAGCAGAUUUUCCAUUGUCUCAAUGAAAUACAAAUUCUUUCUAAACCAUCCAUAGAAAAGGUAAUUCAAGAUAUUUUAUGCAACCAUAACUGUAAUGUUGAGCAGUCAGUAAUCACAGAAAUCACUGAGGCUGUGCACAGGAUAAAUCCUCUUUAUGCUACCACUGAAAAGGGAACCUUGUCUACUGAUUAUAAACGGAACAUUUAUUUCAAACAACAUUUUGAUGUUGUUGAACCAGUUGAGUUUGUGUUCAGUAGACCAAAAAACAAAACCUUUGUGUAUGUUCCGAUUCUUGAGGUCUUGAAAAAGUUUCUAAGCACUAGUGAGAUAAGUCAGAAGACUUUUUCUAAUACUUCCACAAAUGGCUUUUAUGCAUCUUGUUUUGAUGGCCAGCACUUUAAAGAGCAUCCUUUGCUCUGUGCUGAGAAUUUCUCUAUAUCACUUGGCCUGUAUAUUGAUGACUUUGAAGUUGCCAAUCCAUUGGGAACUUCGCGUAAAAAACACAAGAUUACAGCAGUCUACUGGGUGAUUCUGAACUGGCCCUCCCAAUUCAGAACAAAUUUGCACUCUAUUCAACUAGCCCUGUUGGGUAAGAGUUGUGAUGUAAGAGAAUAUGGCUAUGACAUGUUUUUUGAGCCAUUAAUGAAGGAUAUACAGACACUUGAGAAGGAGGGUUUGUAUUUAGAUCAGUUUGGGGAAAAUUUCAAAGGAACUGUUGUGACUGUGUCUGCAGACAAUCUAGGGGCACAUGGCCUGGCGGGAUUCCAGGAAUGUUUUCAUGUUGGCAAGUUCUGUAGGUUUUGUCUUGCUUCUUUUCAGGACAUACAGACAUCUAGUGUGAGCAAGGGACAUUUUCCCCUAAGAAAUAUUCAACAGCACAAUCAGUUUGUUGAGGAAUUGAAAGCAAACCCAGCUUUGUCAAAUGUGCAGGGGGUAAAAGGUGAAUGUGUCUUGCAGUCUCAUCUCGAUUGGUUUCAUCCAGUAACCGGAUUUCCGCCCGAUCCGUUGCACGAUUUGUUUGAAGGAAUUGUGCCAUUUGAGUUGUCUUUGUGUCUCCAGAAGCUAAUAGCUGAAAAGUAUUUCACUCUUGACCAGUUGAAUGGUACAAUUCAAUCUUUCCCUUACUGCUUUUCUGACAAGGUGAACCGCCCUCAAAAAAUACCCAAAUCAUUUUCCUCCAAAAAAUCAAUUGGUGGAAAUGGACAUGAAAAUUGGACCCUGAUUAGGCUCCUACCACUCAUGAUUGGUCACAUUGUUCCAGAAACUAAUAAAGCAUGGCAACUUUUGAUGGAACUGAAAGAUAUAGUUGAGCUUGUUGUUUCACCCAAAUUUUCAGAGGACAGUCUUUCCUACCUGGAGACUAAAAUAUCAGACCAUCGCAGCCUUUUUCAAGAAGUGUUUCCAAAUGAAAAAUUAAAACCAAAACACCAUUUCCUGGAACACUACCCAGACCUCAUACGCUACUUUGGUCCUUGUGUGGAGUUGUGGACAAUGCGGUUUGAGGCUAAGCAUAGUUUCUUUAAACGAGUUGUCCAUAACACACACAAUUACAAAAACAUAUUACAGACAUUGUCUACCCAGCACCAACUGAUGGUUGCACAUGCCCUGCAGUCUCCCAACUUCUUCACACAGUCCAUUCAUGUUGAAAAAUUAAACGUUUUGAAGAUGUCCUCUCUAGAAAGACGGGUGAAAAUAGCUGUAGAGAAAAAGUUUUCCAACCUUAAAACUGUAUCUCUUGCGUCAAAUGCUGUGAUGCAUGGGACCUCAUACUCCAAAGAUAUGAUGGUGUCAGUUGGACUCUGUGGUGGCUUGCCAGAGUUUGCAAAGAUCUGGUGCAUUUUGUUAGUGGACAGUGAGGUCUCAUUUGUGCUGGAGAGAUAUUCUUCUUGGUAUGUAGAACAUCUUGGGGCCUUUAAGGUUGAAUCUCUACCAUACGAAGAUCUGAUUGUUACUGAGCUGAGGUGUUUACAUGACUUCUAUCCACUUGUAGCCUACAGUAUUGGAAGAAACCUCAUGGUGACACCGAAACGUUUUUUGUUACAUUAAAGUGAAUUUGUCCUCUAAAACUGAUAGAGGCAUUAACAUAAGCACACAAGUUAACAUGAUUACUCAAAUGUUUUUUUAAUU